CCACCCACAACCUUCACUUCUUCAUCUUCUCAAACUCAAAUCAUUUAAAAUACCAAAAACAAACCUCAAACAAAAAGAGAGAAAAAAUGUCAAUUGCUUCUAUUUCUACAAACUAUCUUUAUGAUGAACUUCAUCAAGUGUUUCAUUAUUCAAGAAAACUCCUUCUUCACUCCUCCCUCCACAAGCUCUCCUUCACCACCACCUCCGCCGCCCCUCCCUCUGCCGUCCACGACCAAUCUGAAUUCUACUCCGGCGGAGACAGCACUACCUUCGACACAAAUGUCGUCAUGGUCCUCUCCGUCCUCCUCUGCGCCUUAAUCUGCUCCUUAGCCCUCAACUCCAUCAUCCGAUGCGCUUUGAAAUGCUCCCGUCUCAUCGUCUCCAAUGACCACCGUCACCGCCUCACCCCCACCUCCACUGGAGUCCAUAAGAAAGCCAUCAAAAGCUUCACCGUGGUUCAAUUCUCCCUGGACCUCAACCUCCCCGGGCUCGACCCCGAGUGCGUCAUUUGCUUGUCGGAGUUCGCCACCGGCGACAAGCUCCGGCUUCUCCCGAAAUGUAACCAUGGGUUUCACGUUAAGUGUAUUGAUAAGUGGUUGAGUUCUCACUCCUCUUGCCCUAAAUGUCGGCAGUGUUUGGUUCAGACUUGUGAGAAAAUCGCCGGCGUUGCCUCUGCCUCCGCCUCCGCCUCCUCCUCAUCUUCCGGCCACUCUCCGUCUCCUCCUCCGCCGCCGUCUGUGGUUGUAGACUUAGCACCGCUGGAACCUGAAGCUCCGGUACGGAAUUUACGGCUGUAAUAUAAUUAAUAGAGAUUAUUAUAAUACUAAAUUAGGGGAAAUUAAUUUAGAGUUUAAUUUUUUUUUU